AUGAUAACUGUCACUAUGUGGUUCAUCUGGAAAUCUAGAUGUGAGCUCAUAUUUAACAACAGCAGAUGCACUAGCUCAAGCCUAAAGCACAGGAUUCUAACCUACUGCAAUGAAAACAAAAUUCAUAUAAAUAAUAAUGCAAGUAUAGACCAAGUUGCUAGAAGAUUGAUAGACAUAAAUGAGGCUAGUUGCAAUAACAAUAGAUGGAUCCCUCUACCUAUAGGAAAAUUAAAAAUUAAUGUUGAUGCUUAUAUAUUACCUGAUCAUUUUACUGCUGGUAUUGCUCUAAUCAUUAGAGAUUUUUCAGGGAGGAUGGUGGAAGCCUGGACUCUGGUAGAAAGAUCUAGAGAUGUAGCUCAAGCUGAAGCAGUUGCAGUGCUAAAAGCUUUACAGUGGAUCGCCCAGUUGCAGUUACAGAAUGUCAUUGUGGAGGGAGACAACAAAGAAGUCAUGGAAAGUAUUAGUGGUACCCAAAUUACUACCAGGUGGAUAGAUGCUAAUGUCAUCAGAGAUUGUCAACAUCUACUUAAAUGCUUAGGAAAUGUUCAAGUUUGUUUUAGGAAUAGGAAAUGCAACCAAGUAACUGAUCUACUUGCUAGGUAUGCUAGAAAUAAUAAUUGUGCUAGGAAAUGGAGUUCUGAACUCCCUCUGUGUGUCGAGUCUAGAUUAGAGAGUGAGAAAGGAGUGAUGUAA